CAAAAAACAGCUUCUUCCCUCUACUCACAACCUCCAAUACACCCAAGAUGUCUUCCAUUCCCCCUGUUUAUAUCGUGUCCGCCGUGCGUUCCCCGACUGGGCAGUUCCUGGGAUCUCUCGCGAGCCUGAGCGCCAUUCAGCUUGGUUCCCAUGCUAUCAAAGCUGCUGUUGACCGCGCCGGCUUGAAGCCUGAGGAUGUCGAGGAGGUCUUUGUUGGCAAUGUCAUGUCCGCAAAGUAAGGAAGUUUCAGCAACAAUAGUAGUGUUCGUACUGACGAUUUGCAGCCUUGGUCAGAACCCCGCCCGCCAGUGUGCAAUUGGCGCUGGCCUCCCCGAGUCGACCGUUGCCACCACCAUCAACAAGGUGUGCGCCUCUUCGAUCAAGGCGCUCAUUAUCGGUGCGCAGACCAUCAUCACCGGCAAUGCCGAUAUCGUUGUCGCUGCCGGUACUGAGAGCAUGUCCAAUGUGCCCCACUACCUCCCGAACAUGAGGACUGGUGCCAAGUUCGGUGACCAGUCGCUGGUUGACGGUGUGCUCAAGGAUGGUCUCACCGACGCAUACAAGAAGGAACACAUGGGUCUGCAGGGUGAGGAGUGCGCCGACGACCACGGCUUCUCCCGCGAGGACCAGGACGAGUACUGCAUUCGCUCCUACAAGAAGGCUAUUGCUGCCACCGAGGCCGGUUUGUUCACCGCCGAGAUUGCUCCUAUUGAGGUCCCUCAGGGACGAGGCAAGCCCCCAGUCACUGUCUCCGUUGACGACGAGCCUAAGAACUUCAACGAGGCAAAGACACGUACACUCCGCAGCUCGUUCAAGAAGGACGGAACUGUUACCGCUGCCAACGCCUCGCCGCUAUCUGAUGGCGCCGCUGCCAUUGUCCUCGCUUCCGAGGCCGCUGUCAAGAAGCACGGCCUGAAGCCCAUUGGCAAGAUUCUCGGCUGGGGUGAUGCUGAGCAGAACCCCUCCAAGUUCACCACUGCCCCUUCUCUGGCCAUGCCCAAGGCUUUGAAGCACGCCAAGGUCGAACUCUCCGCUGUUGAUGCUUUUGAGAUCAACGAGGCCUUCAGCGUCGUUGCGCUGUCCAACAUGAAGAUCCUUGGUAUCUCCGAGGACAAGGUCAACCUCCACGGAGGUGCCGUGGCUCUCGGUCACGCCCUCGGUGCCUCUGGCGCCAGGAUCACGACCACACUGCUCAGCGUGCUCAAGGAGAACAAGGGCAAGAUCGGUUGCGCUGGUAUCUGCAACGGUGGAGGCGGUGCCUCCGCCAUCGUUGUCGAGUCGCUGCAGUAGAGAACGAAAUACCCAAAAUGAUUUGACGCGUGACGGAUAGACAAUAAAACAUAAUUACAGUACCUG